AUGGAUGAUUUUGACAUGGAUUUCGAGGAACAACUUGAUCGCCUGAACCAGUUGCAGGACGAAUUGCGCGCCGAAAUUCACAUGAACAUUGAAUUGAACGUUGGAAACCUUGACGAUCAAUUUGGGAUGGAUCAGUUAGACGCCGAUCAGCCAGAUGGAAAUGUCGAUCAGCUUCUCGGACGAAAUAGGAUGGUUGGUGGCAAUGAUCCUCAGGAAGAUCCAGGGAAUAUUGAUCUUGCUGGUAAUGGAGAAGAAAGAAUACCUCUUGGUGAGCACGAAAAUCCAGCGCCACAACAAGGAGAUAACCCAAAUGGCCAAGGUGAAGCUGCAGUUGCGGGAGUGCUUGAUGCAAAAUCUUUUAAAAAUAAAGUGAAAGAAGAACUCGAAGGACCUAUUCUAACCGAAAAAGGAACAGAGAUGAGAGGAUUCUCGUGUGUGAUCUGCUACGAUUCGUUCAACACUGGAAAACGAACACCAAAGGUGUUUCCAUGCGGUCAUACCUUCUGUCUGAGUUGUGUGAAAGGACUAAUGACAAACAGAAGUUUUUUGAGUAGCUCUACUGUCAUUUGUCCAACCUGCCGCCAAAAUACGCGUUUUAGUACAGGCUUAGGAGCGGAGAAAAUUCCAACAAAUUUCAGCGUGCUGUCCAUGCUCGAACAACGAAAAGAGGAAAAGUUAGCAGUGCUGGAAGAGGAAAUGCUAGAGUGCAGCGAGUGUAAAAUUGUGUAUGAAGGAACUGAAGUCACAUUGUGCAAUGAAGAUAAUUGUCAAGACGUAACUGAUAAAGAACGAUUGAAACUUGUCGAUAACAUCAAACGAUCAAAAUGUCACCUAAAAUGUCGUUUGUGCAUUGAAAAAAACCACUCUCGCCAUAACUUCAUUUCGUUCGAUAAGGUGGCGACACAAUACGAAGCUUGUAGAAAAAUUCGCAACGCCGAAACCUCACUCACGAAAGCAUUAAAAGCUGCCGAUGAUGCACUCAUAAACAUGGAACUCGCUAAAACCGAAAUAAUCGAACACAGACGAAGAAUGGGAAAUGCGUUAGUUAACAUUAGAGCUGAGGCUGAUCACCCACUUAUUUAUGAGUAUCUUAACCGUUUCACGACUUCGGUGAAAGCAUCUGAAGAUCUUUUCAAGCGUCUGAUUGGAGACUUAUACCAUUUCGAUUUGAAAUCAAAGGCUCGCUACUAUCGUGCAUUUGGUAAUGACACACUUCGUCCGAUUUCAGUUGUGCAAAGAGACGAGAUGAUUAAACCAAAAAUAGAGCAGCAAGAUGAACCAAACAAUCUAGUUCCACCACGAGAUAGGGCUCCACAAGCAAUUAAUCGAUUGAAUAGAAAUGGAAGAAUUAAUAUUUUUGGUCCAUUUCCUGCUCCUCGCAAUAGACCAGCUGGUGGUAUCUUAGCUGAUGGUGUGCCAAAUAUGGCAGCCAUGAUCGAUCACGUGAUGCAACAACUGGAAAUGGGCGGUGAAAAUGUGCAACUGAACGUCAUCCCGCCACCUCUUCUUCAUCAAGUGCCAAACAAUCCCAUAUUAAGAGAUCCAGUCGCAGGAGAAGCUCCUAUCGAGGGGGGAGAUCCAGUCGCAGAAGAAGCCCCAAUUGCAGGAGGAGCCGCUGGAGAAUUGGCUGUCGCAGAAGAAGUCCCUGCUCUUAGAGAGGCUCGAGCCGCUGUGCGAGGUGCUGCUGCCGUCGCUAUGCGAGCUGCUGCCGCCGCAGUGCGAGGUGCUGCCGCCGCCGCAGGAGGAGCUGAUCUGGCCGACCCAGAUGUUCCUCGCGAUCCACGGGAUGAUUUUGGCUUUGCCCAUCGAAUGUGGGCGGUUAGGGGUCCAUUUGUUCCCCGUCGUUUUCGUCGUAUGGAAAAUCCAAGACAAAUCAGAGGCGUCCGAGCAGCUCGUCUUAAUUUAAUUGAAGCUAGAGAAGCUAAUCCGGCUCUCCGGGAUGUAGCUGCUAUUCAACAGGCAGUUGAUGCAUUGAGAGAUCGCGAAAUUGGUGGACACAUUGAGCCUAUCUUAGGGAGAGAGAACAAUCUUCAGGGCGAGAAUGAAGGUCUCGCUCGCGCACUUGAACGUGCAGAAGACCAAUUGAAUAGGUUACGUCAACGGUUAGACAGACUGGAAGCUGUUGAUGCGCAACAACCAGUGCCACCGCAACAACCAGCGGAAGUUCAACCAGUUCAAGAACCCUGGGUAGAUCAGGUAAUUGAUGAACCAUUGCCUCAACUUCCUCCAAUUGAGGGAUACGAACCAGAAGUGAUUCAAAGAGCUGAAAUCGCUGAGCUAGUUCAACGUGUGAUAGGAAUGGUGAGAAAUGAAGCACACGCGGAAGCUGCUGCAAAUGGAGCACAAGUGCCAGAUCAUAUCGAAAUGCCACACCUUUUAAAUGCUGAAGCUAUACCAGGAGUUCCAGACUAUAACCAGUUGCUACCAAUUCAAGUUGCACCCUUUCUUGCUGAAUUGAGACUUCUCGAACUUGAAUGGAUUCAAAGAGGAAGGGACCGUCGUGCACGAGCUGCCGUCGGAGUUGCUGCUUUGAAUCCGUUAGCUGAGCCAGUAAUCCCAGAUCCUAUCGAGCCAAUCAAUCAGAUUGCAAACGAUGUCCCAAUUGAACCAGAAAACGUUGUAGAAAGAGAUCUUCAUCGACGGGCCCAAUCACCUAUUCCUGAUGAACCAGCUGCGAAGAGAAAUCGUGAAUGA